AUGCCAUCAGUACUAGUCAACAAAUCAAUGCCAUCAGUACUAGUCAACACCAAAGUUGAGGCUCCAAAACCUUCUCUCACAUCAGAGCAAUUAAAAGCCAAACAACAAGAGCUUAGGGAGAAAGCUCGCAAGAAGAAAGAAGAAAAGCACAAAAAACCAAAAAAAGUAGCAAAACAAGCUCUGUAUCAACAGACGUGGCCUCUUUAA